UCUUCACUCCUCAAUGGCGACAGCUCUACUCCUCCACCACAUUCCCUUCAAUCCCCAAAGCCCUAACCCUAACCCUAACUCCCUUAAAUCCCACUAUCCUCGUUCCUCCACAAUCACCUGCUCCACCACCACCUCCGAAGCUCUCUCCGCCAAGCGCCAUCUCCUCAACCUCAUUUCCGACCAAGAACGAGGCCUCAAAACCCUAAAUUAUCCGAGCAAGCGUUCUGAAAUCGUGGAAGCCAUUGACGCCAUGGCCGUUCUGGGCCAGGAUACGGUCACCACCGGUGAUUCUCUCUCUGCCACGUGGCGGUUGCUCUGGACUACAGAGAAGGAGCAGCUAUUCAUUAUCGAAAAGGCGCCCCUUUUCGGUACACAGGCGGGUGAUGUUUUGCAGGUUAUAGAUGUUGAGAAACGCGUUCUUAACAAUGUCAUUACGUUUCCGCCUUCCGGGGUUUUCUUUGUUAGAUCAACCAUUGAGAUUGCUUCGUCGAAGAGAGUGAAUUUUAGAUUUACAAGCGCGGUUCUACGUGGAAAGGAUUGGGAAUUUCCAUUGCCGCCAUUUGGCCAGGGUUGGUUUGAAUCUGUGUACCUUGAUGAUGAUAUUCGAGUUGUGAAGGAUAUAAGGGGAGACUAUUUGGUUGUUGAUCGUGCUCCUUAUGCUUGGAAGGAAUGAAGAGCAGGAGCUUUUGCUAUACUUCACGGUUUCUAUAAUUGGAAUAUAUUGUUUGAAUCUGUAUACCUAGAUAGUGGUUUUCGAGUAGCAAAGGACAUCUGGGAAGAUUUUUUAGUUGUUGAACGGGCACCUUAUGAAUGGGAAGAGUGAGCUGCAUUAACGAAGUUUUCUUUUGGAUUGCAGAGCUCCUGGACAUUAACUCUAGAAGCAUGAGUUCUGGCUUAUGUUUAUAUGUUCCAUGGAAUUAGUUCCUGCUAUGGACUGGAUGGAUGACCACCAAAGAAUCUGAAUGAGAAGAUGGAAUUGCAUUCCUUUGGUCCAGAGUAGAUCAUCUCAGCAUAUUGUGUUUUCUGAAAUAAGAACAGUAUAUGACCUUCCAAAGGCAAUUUCUGUACGGAACCCACAUGCACUGAAACGUGUAGGCAAAAUAAAAGGAAAUGGAUACAAGAAUAAAGUAGUUUUCUGUGGUCUCUGUGCUGCCGUAUCAUGGAGUGUGUGUCUGUGAUGAAGAAAGUUGACAAAUAGUGAAAAUCACUUCCUCUUGGCCUGGGUGGUGGGGGCCCCUUUGGGACCUUUUGGGAUUUUGUAUGGGACUUUUUUUCUUGUCUUUUUCUUUUUUCUUUUUUCUUUUUUCCAUUGUUUUCCUUUAAUUUUCCGAGCUGCCAAAUUUGAAACUGAAGGAUGAAUUGCGAAUUUUGAGCCCAAAUGACUAUUUUUUUUUCUUUCUUUUUCUUACUUUAAACUCAUUUUAUGAAUCAAACAAUUUGAAUCUAUUUGUGAUGA